AACGUGGUUCCUCAAAUGUCGCGCGUCCUCAUUUAGCCUAACCUCGAAAUUUCGUGACGCAUUAAACUUCCGAAAUGAGAAAUAGUCGUGUUGCCGAAAUUUCUGAAAGUGAAGAAUCAGAAGAAGAGUCUAAUUUGACGCAACGCUCUAUCUCCAAAAGCCUGACGACGAAUAAUGAAGAUUCUAGCUCCAGUUCAUCAUCGGAGUCUGACGAGAGCAGCAAGGCGCCGCCGCCCCCAAUCGAUGCCCGAAAACGCAAAUCCUCGACUUCAGCAAGUCCAAAAAAAAAUGUUACCUUCACCCCUCUUGAAAGGUUCGUUGACGAGAAUAAAAAUCUGAAAAAGCUGGAUGUAGAGGAUGUGGUGACAGAUGAGGACGACGUGUGUUUGUUGGAGAUUCCAAAAACCAUUGAUCCUUCAGAGUUUUUAGAAAAAGUAAUUAAUUUUGAUAAAAAGACAAAGCUGAAGGUGAAUAAAACAAAAUAUGUAAUUGUGCCUGAACUAGAGGACCUUAGACCCAUAAACUUGCUUACUAGGAAGAUAAAAAUAGUUCAUCCAGUAUCUAUUUUGCGGAUGAGACAAUAUAAUAAACAUAAACAAGAAAGUGAGGUUGAGAAUGAAGUUACAACUCCACCUGCACUCCCUGAUACUUUAAAAGUUAGACAUCCGCUAUUUGGGGCCGAAUUUAAACGCAAAAUUGUUUUAGAUGAAGAAAUACAAAGAAAACUGGAUGUCACCAUUGAUCAAGUUGUGAAGAAGAUGAAAAAGAAAAAACGCAAGGAAGUAGAAACCAGUCAAGAAUUUGUGGCUCCUUUAGAACCCACUGAUUCUGGUAAAAAGAAAAAGCAUAAGAAAAAGGCGGCUGAAAGUAGUGAACAAGAUAAAAAUGAAGGGAAUGUGGAUGAGUCAAUUUUCGCCCUUCUAGAAACCCACAUAAAGAGUAAAAAAGGCCACAAAAAAACGAAAGAAGAGCCAUUGACUUCAUCCUCAGAUUCUGGUAUUUUUACACAAGAUAUCAAAAGUGAAUAUGAGGAUAAAAGUGUUCAGGAAGCUGAUGGUGAUCAUAAUGAAAACAAAAAGAAACAUAGAAACAACAUGAGAGAAGCCAGUCUUGAAAAUGAAAAUAAAGAAAAACGCAAAAGUAGUAUUAGCGAAUUUGAACACAAAAGAAAACAUAAAAAGAGCGUUAGGGAAAGUGGAAAUGAAAGUGAACAUGAGCACAAAAAGAAACAUAAGAACAGCAUGAAUGAAGUCCAAGAUGUUGAAGAAACAAAACAAAAACGUAAAAAUAGUCAAGAUGAGUUUUCAUCAUUUUAUGAUAGUUGGGAAAAAAAGAAAAAGAGUCACGCUAGUCUGCCUAAACAGGAACUAAGUGAUUCACAUGAUUGGGAAACUAGUUCCAAGCCUGAGAAAAAGAAAAAACAUAAAACUAGCAAAAAUGAGCUAUCACAAGAUAGUUCUUUUGUUGAUAGUUUUAGUGAAGACACAAGCAAAAAGAAAAAGAAGCACCGUGCUAUAAAAGAAGAAAAGUUUGAUUCAGAAAGUGGACAUGAAUUUGAACAUCACAAAAGAAAAAAUAGUACAAAUAUGAAGCAACAGGAAGAAAAUGAUGACAGUAUAAAAGAGAAAACAAGUAGAUUGAGCCUUAUUAACAGUACAGUUAUACCGGGCGUGCAAUUGCCGCUUUUUGAGUUUGAUGUUAGUAACAUUGGGGAUAAAGAUGAUCAAGAUCACGACUCAAGUAAAAACGACGAGGAAGCUCCUGAAGAACAAAAGUCGCAUAAAGACAGGAGGAAAAAAGAAGCAUCAUUUGAGUCAGAUACUAAUGUCGAAAAAAAAGUGAAAAAAAUAAAGAAAGAGAGACUAGAACAGUCAGAAGAUGAAACUUCCAGCCCCAGAAAGCGGAAGAAAAAUAUUGACCCAGAAGACGAGACGUCCUCGCCCAAGAAAAAGCGGAAGCACGUAAAAGAAGAAGUCCAUGACGACGACAGCGAAAACGACUUCCAAACAAAUUCGUUAAUUUUAAAUUUACUAAAUAAAGUAAAAAGUGAGAUGGACACUUCGGUAAACCACAAGAAGAAAAAAUGACAUCUCGAAACGUAAAAACUAUUAAUUGUUUACAAAAUAAAUAUAUUUUUAUCCAAUAAUA